CCCGACUGCUUUACGAGCAGAUCAUUACCAGACAUGGCGCACCCAGAACACUAUUGUCCGAUAGAGGAGCUAACUUCUUAUCUACUCUAGUAAAGGAAGUAUGCCGAUUAGUUAAUACUGAGAAAGUUAACACCACGGCUUAUCACCCGCAGACGGACGGAUUGGUUGAACGCUUCAACGGAACCCUGGCUCAAAGCCUAUCCAUGUAUGUUAACGAUCAACAAUCUGACUGGGAUCUACACCUGCAAACCGUCUUAUUUGCAUACCGCGUAUCGCCAUCAGAAGUUACCGGAGAAUCUCCCUUCUAUCUAUUAUACGGACGAGAGCCACGCCUACCAAUGGAUGUCAGUUUACUUCCGCCAACUAAUAUAUCGGCAUCUGUCGCUGAACACAGGGAAAGAAUUGUAAAGAGUAUCGAGCGUGUUCAUGAAAUCGCCAGAGAGAAUAUACAACGCGCGCAACAAAAGAUGAAAACAUACUAUGACGGGCACACAGGAAACCCGCAAUUCCGGGUCGGAGACAAGGUUUGGGUCUACACACCUCAUGUCAAGAAAGGACUGACCAAGAAGUUGGCACACAACUGGCACGGGCCGUACCGUUUGGUAAAACAACUAUCUCCGGUACAUUUUGUACUUCGUACUCCCGACAAUAGCCGUAUGUCUACUAGCGUGCACGUAAAUCGCAUGAAACGCUAUGUCGAUCCUGAGGCCCGACCAAUUGGAAUACCUCCACUCGAUGUACUCCACGAGCCUUACCUAAAGGAACAUGAGAUGCCUGAUGACAGUUUUGAACAUGUUCAGGAUCAAGAUCAGGAAAAAGAAACACCUGAAUCUUCUGACAACGCACCUCACGAAAAAGACGAAGAGGCAGAAGACACUGACGAGGAUAAGAUUGUAGACAACGAAACUAUUUUCCGCGCAGAAAAGAUUGUCGACAAGCGCAAACGAAAAGGCGUGACGCAGUAUCUUAUCAAGUGGAAAGAUUGCCCUGCGAGUGAAAACACCUGGGAACCGGAGGAGAAUAUCUUCGAUUAUUCCCUGAUUGCCGAAUAUGAAGAGCGCAAGAAAGACGAGCAAGGCAACGAUACUGCUGUCGCGGUAAUAUGUUGCUUCGCAGAGAUGUACUUCCACUCCAUAGUAUCUAAAGGUGCUCCUCGUCUAAGGAACAUUAUGGCGACCAUGAUCUAGGCUAAAACAAAUAGACUUUAAUCAUAGUUUCGAGAUAUUUUAGAAUUAUUAUUCCU